ACAAUGGAAGAACACACAGAAGACCAACUAGAUUAUGAGUCAGAGAAAGUGGAAAUCUUAAGGUUGGCCCAGUCAAAGAAGAACAUUAACAUUCUGAACACAGACCUUGAAAGGGAUAUGCAGAAAAUAGAUGAAGCAAAUCAAGAACUACUUCUGGCACUCCAUGAGAAAGAAGAUGAGAUUCAAAGGCUGGAAAGUGAGAUCACCCAGAGCAGCAACCUGGGAGAGGAUGAGGAGUGGGAGAAGGAGAACUCGACCACCAUAGAAAGGGAAAGAGCCUUGCAGGAGCUGGAAGAAGAAACAGCUAGACUUGAAAGGAAGAAUGAGACACUGGUCCACAGUAUAGAAGAACUUCAAAGAAAGCUUACAAGGAAAUCACAAAAGGCAACCAAGUGGGAACAAGGUAACUCAAAAAGUACACCAGAAGAGUCAAAGGCUAAGUUACAACAACUGGAAGCUUCCUGCGCAGACCGAGAGAAGGAGCUGAGCAAGGUAAUGGAAGACUAUGCAUUUGUGGCCCAGCUCUGUGAAGAUCAGGCCCUCUGCAUAAAGAAGUACCAGGAAACUUUGAAGAAAAUAGAAGAAGAACUAGAGACUCGGUUCCUUGAGAAAGAAGUAUCAAAAGUCUUAAGCAUAGAAAGUGCAAGAAACUUACAAAAUAACAGUAAAAACAUUAAGAAUAAGUCUCUUCUGAAGAAGACAACACUGUUCUUUAUAAGGAUUUUUCGCUAUCUCUUUUUCACCACCCUCUUUUUCAUCAGACUGCUUGGCUACUUGAUUUUCCAUAUAAGUUUUAUAAAUCCGGAUUUCCUUGUCAACAUACUGCCCAAGAUACUGAGCAGAGACAUGUUGUGGAGGCUAAGAAGCUUCCUCUUUCCAUCUCUGACGCUUGAUACAGAAGACAUGUUACCCCACUAA